AUGAGACUCCCAAACAACAAGAAUAUACCCGCAAACAAGGCGGCGAUCUCUAUUACUGCAACACUUUAUGAUCGAAGAGCGUUGGACUGUACCAUAGACAAGCCCCUUGUGAAUUCUCUCAAUAAUCUUACAUUUCUUGCUAGCAGCUCACCAAAAGUCAGAGAGACUUUAGUAGGAGAUGGAGGAAUCCUGAGAUUGGUUGAUAUUUUAAAUGAGUGUUUUCUUGGAACUGAAGACAAUGACGAAUCGGGAAACGAAAGUUUAGAUAUUGAGGUAGAACUAAACUCCGCCGAAGCUUAUAAGCUUGGAAAGUCCUAUAGCAACUUCCAGAACGUGUUUUUUGAAUAUUUGAGUGGUAUGCUAAAAGAAGUUAGUACAUUGGCUUCUAAAGAUGAAGUUCUGCAGCUCGAUAAAUCUGAGUCGGUUAGCAAACUAAUCAGCAUCAAUGAAAGUUUGUCUCGAAGUAUAAAGAUUUUCAUGGAUUAUCUUAAUAAUUAUAAGGCUAAGAGGGAGCUAAAGAAAGUAAAAAAUAGGGCUGACAAAAAAGUAUUAGUGGCUUGGAAAUGGACCUUGACCCUUCAAGUCUUGGUACUAUGUGGAACCAGAGGUAAUGAAAGGAUAAGGAAGAAAAUAGUAAAAAGUGGAAUCAUUCCAAUUGUUGCAACCGUUUUGGACAAUUAUUUACUUGUUAAAAGUGGAAAGAUAAAGUUAAAUUCUGCAACCAAGUCACCGUCGGUAGAUGAUCAAUCAGACCUAUUGUUCGCAGAACCUAACAUUAAUGAAAUUUCAAACGAAAGUUUCGAUCGACUGUUUAAUGAGGUUAUUAAUUCGAUUUAUGUCAUCGUCAGCAGCUUGGAUGGCUCAGCAGUAUCUAAUAGAAAUGUCUCCAUUCAUGAAAUUCAGGAGCAAGUGCAACUUUUUGUCCAGAGAACCAAUAAUGGUGGGAGAUCUCUUGUACCGCCUCAGCAGUUCAGCUCCUUGGCAGGAGUUCUUUUAGAGACAUUGAAAAUGCUAAGUAGGAUGUCAUUACAACAAAGGGAAAUUAGACACGCUAGGCGUGUAAAUGGUGGGGAUACAAUGGGGCACAAUAAUGACUCGAAUAUUCGUUUAUUGAGAUCAAUCAAAGCCAACAUCAAUAUAAUUUCAUUACUUAUUCGGGGGCUCGCUAAUAAUAUGCAAGAAAUAAAUCAGAAUUUGAAUGUCUAUAACAACUUCUCAAACAACCAUGUUAAUGUCUCUUCUAUGAAUUCUAUGAAUGAUGAUCCUCCUGAGCUGGCAAAUGUCCCUACCUCUAAUUCUCAAACUACGAGUGAAUCAAUCUUGAAUUCUGGUGUAACUGGCCAAGUCAAUCCUUUUGACCAGCGAUUAGACACUACUACAUCGAAUGGUAUUACUAAUAUGGCACAAAAUAUUUCCACUGGACUUACGAUAUUAGGGCAGGCAAUGGCAAAUACACAACAGCCAGCGAAUUUUGAAGUGAACAACCAAGAGCCCCCAAACACUUUCGAGUCUCGUACGGCUGUUACGGUUCAGAAGUUUAAUAGGGCCUUGCGUGAGAUUCUAUUUGAUGAUUUCAGCAACUCUACUCAAGAUUUAAUAUCUUUAAAUAGCAUAGUGCAGAGCGACGAUAAUGGUAGACCUAUGUACUGGAGUGUCAGCACAAAGGAUAAUGCAUUAAUGUUUAGCCUUAAUGGAGAAGGUAAAAUUGUGAUAGACUGUUCCCUAGCUGCGGAUAAGCAUUAUCCUCUAAUCCCUGAUAUUUUGGCAAUUUGCAAGGAAUUCUCAAAACAGGAUUCAAAUUCUCAAGGUGCGACUGGGUUAGACAGAUAUAGUGGUAAAUAUAUCAUCAACUGGAAAGCUUCUGACUGCAAUGAAAGUCCUGUUGAUCAUCCUGAAUAUCAUACUUUAUUGGCGCAUAUGUUCAAGAACUUAUUUUUCAGAGACUCGAAUGGUGAUUUUUGCACCAACAAGGACUUGCCAGCUGAUUUAUUGUCUCCUAAUAAUAACAGAGCCAGCCCUGAGCAUGAUAUCAUCAUAAAUAACACCGACAGCACCAACAAUAGCCAAUCAAUUGAAGCCGCGUCUCGAGGAAAUAACGCUGAUGUUGAUAAUACUCCUUUUAUUGAAAGUCCUACAAAUGCUAAUGUAAAUAACGAUGCUCAGAAUGCACUCGAUAUGAACCUUGUCCAGCCUCCAAGAGAGUUCUACAAAGGAAAGAUUGUUCCUGCAGAUGAUGAUAUAAUAUGGGUUUUGCAGCUUUUGGCUUUUGUGUCCAAGUAUACCCAUAUGAAGGAUGUAUUACAAUUUACAUAUAUUGUUCCAAAAUUGUCACUUCGUGAAUACCCCAACGCUAUUGCUGAUAUGAAAUCUAAUGGUGCAAAUGUCACUGAGUUUUUCAGAGAUAAAAGGGUUGAUUUAGAAUUUAUUGGUAAACAAAUUGUUGAAAAUCAUUUUAAAAGAGGUUGGGGAAAAUCUGGCGCUGAAUUUUACAUGUUGAACGAGAAAAUGGGUACUGAUCUUUCAGAUUUACCAUUUUUAUUUCCGAACGGCGCAAGUACUAGUUCCUUAUUCAGACCCAGAACACUGGACUUCGCUGAAUCGGUUCAUGGAUCAUUGGAAAAUAAUAUUAAUAUCCUAACUGACAAUGAUGGUGUUUUUAGAGCCGAUAUUGAUUCUUUGUUUGUACAACAAGGCAUAAAUGUCAGGGACAAUGAUGUAAUUGUCACGGAAGACGCAGAAAACAUUAAAGAGCUGAUUGAAGACAAGUUAUUCUCUCUCAAGAUAAAUUGUGAUUUAGAAAAAUUCAACGAAAAUGUUAAGCUAUUACAAAAGACUAACAGAGAGGAUAUUGCGGAGUUGUUUUACUUGAUAAAUAAGUAUAAAGAGAUGAUUUCAAAUCCAAUAUUGAAUCGAAAGGAUAUAACAAAGCCUUUGAAUAAGAUGUUACCAUCUGAUGAUGAGAAUGGGUCUAGUGAUGAGUCUAGUGGUGAUGAUAUGGAAAGCGUUGAGUUUGGCUCCAAUUAUAAUUCAAAUACCAGACUUGUUCAACCAAUCAGUGAGCCUGAUGAAGGUGAUGUUACAUUGGGAGCUAUGAAUGAGAUUCAACCUUUGUCCAGAAGUGAAAUCGAAAGAUUCGGGCUCAAGUAUGGUAGCGAAUUGGAUAGCUCUUCUCGCUUCGACAUGAUUCCACCAUUUGGAAGUGAACCAGAUAAGGAGUCUGAUGAGCUUAAUAGCAUCAGUGAUGAUGAUAAUAAUAUUGAUUUAAGAAAUCAUUCUGAUGAAGUGAAUUCUGCAGCAAUUAACUUCAAAGUUGACAAAUCAAUAUUGAGUUAUCAAAUCAACAAGAAAUUUGAAAAAAUUUUGAAAAUUAAUUCAGCUUUAACCUACAAAAUGAAGAAGGUGAAAUACUAUGAGAAGAAGAGAGCCGAGUUGCAAAAGAAAUGGAACUAUGAGGACUAUGAUUUCGAUGACAGUGACUAUCUGUCGAUUUUGAAAGCACCUGACACUAAUAAUUCCCAUUCAAUCAAUAGUGUCGGUCAACAACUCUCAGCAUACCAACGUCUCGGGGAGAAUUUUAUUCAUUUACCUUUGAAUUACUGCAAGCCUCCUAUCAUCGCCUCUUCUAUUGAAAAUUUUCAUAAAGACUUGCCACUGAUUAGUUAUCUUAAUUUUUUCCCAAGUAAUCAGCAAGAGCAAGACGCCUUCAAAUGUGGUAAAUCCACAAUCAUGUCCAAGCAUGAUUUAGAUUACUCCAUUAUUCCUUUGGAUUACCUAAAUGUCUUUGGAUUAGUUGAAAGAUUCAGUAAUGAUAUCUUUCCAACGGAAUUUACCCAUUGGUCGGGAGUAAUUAUGAGAAAUUCUUGCCGAAAAGAUGAACAAAAGGGUGGGAUUAGGCAAUGUGGUAAUACCACUUGUGGUAAAUGGGAAACAGACAAAAGAUUUUCCAAAUGUAAAAGAUGCAGAAGAGCAAAGUAUUGCUCUAGAGAUUGUCAGUUUAAGGCGUGGGAAUACCAUAAGUAUUGGUGCCAACCUGCUUCUAGCAGCUCGAGUUCCAAUAGCGCUAACACUAAUGGCGAUGGCUCUUCUUCUUCAAGACAUAGACACCGUCAUCAUCAUAAUCAUCAUCAUCGAACUAGCAGACAUGGCGAGAAUGAUGCGACUGAGAAUUCUGGUCAAGCUGGCAUCCAGAAUGGAGGUACUCAAUCUCUUAACAUGCCGGGGAACCAGAAUAAUGGAGAUACUAAUACUUUCUAA